UCCGCGCCGUAGGUCUCUCUAGUGAGGCGCUCUCUCUAAAUUGCCCUGUCAACGGUCCCUGGUAUUGAAUUGAGUGGAUGCGUCGUAGUGGACGGUGGGGACAAAGAUCGGCGCUGCUCCUGAUAACAACUCCCCGCUUUCCGAAUCACUCUGGCGCUAACUCGUUUCUCUUCGGUCGGCGAGCAAAGACUGUUACCGUAGUCUGGAGGAUUUUUCCCUAUGGAGAGACGAAAUCCUCCGAGCUUCCGGAGUAACUUUCGUCGUGCACCAUGAUCCGCUCCCAGCGAGUCCCCAAAUGAUGUAUUCAUCCUACCAGAAGCAUUAUCCGACUGAAACAUUAUACUGCACUUCGGACAUCGUUAAAGGGACAAUGGCGUACAAUGAGGAAUUGUCUCCUGAAGAAGGACGUCUCACAGAUUUCGAAGUCGAUCAAAUCGAACAUUGCUAUAGGAGCCAGAAGACCAGCGUUUACGUCGCGAGAUGCCUCGCCAAUUUAUACUUCACCAGAGCCGAUCAAAGGGGAAAUCCGGUUGCUUGGGAACUGAGCUCUUGUGGAGUUCCAGUUUUGAUUCUCGACAGAGGUGAAUCGAAAGCGCGAUCGACCCGUCAGCUGCAGAUUAUUCUCGCGGAAAAGGGCACGGGCUUCGCUCUGUGGAGAGACAAGAUCGAUAACUUGUCACAGUACAAGUGUCCCGGAGAGGAAGCUUCGUUUCAAACCAUGUAUUUAUCGUAUGAUCACCGAGAAAUGAUCGGCUUCAGUUUCGACUUGGAGGGAGCCGCGCAGGAUUUCUUCGAGACUGUGUCAGAUCUGUGCGCAGAUCCGAAAAAUAUCAGUCUUUCGAUGCCCAAGCUGUCUAAGAAGAAGUCGUCGAAGUCGAAGAAGUCGAAAACACCAGAAAAACGUCGCGUCGUCAAAUCGGAAAUAUCGACGCCCAUUUGCUUCCAGCACGUGACGUCAGUUGACGUCAUGGACCGCGAGAAGCUCAACUCGUUAAGCUCUUUGGUGCAAACCUUGAGUUUAGAUGUGAGCUCUGUGGAGAGUGCGAGCACAUCGGGAACUUCGAGUUCGAAUUCAAUAACCUCGAGUCAUCUUUGAUGAACCCGUGGAUGAUCUUUUAGAGCGCUUUCAUGUAUAAAUGCUCCCACUGUACAUAAGAUGCAAAGUGAUUACAAGCCGACGAGGUGCCAAGCGGACGUUUCCUCCUUAUGUAUAUAGUACUUGAUCCUGAUUUGGACAAUGUCAUUGUUGCGAUUAUCGGAUAUGAAUGGAUCGGUAAUAAAAACCCUAAUUAUUGAGAAGA